UGUAGAGGAGCCUUUUGGUCCUAGACUUGGCGUUCCAUUACCUCUUGCCAUGCGGUAGCAGAGAAAUCAUCUGCUCUAUAGUGAAAGUGUCAUUCAUAUGGCCUGUGUGUUAUUUUUAUAGAGGUAGUUGACGAAGAGGAAGGAAGCCACUUUAGACGAUCUAUUAAAAUGCGUCCACAGUUCAUCUGGUGAUGUGCGCGAAGAAAGUAGGGAACCCAUAAAAUACUUUCGGACAUAACCAACUUCGCUCAGAUCCUACUACGUGUGUUCGUGUACCGUACCAUCUAAACAUAACAACACGUGGUCAUCGUUCAACCCAGUACUCCCCAGCCCUUCUAUCUGGCGUUGAUGUCUUCCCCCCUGCCCUCCUUUAGACUGAAUACUGGGGCUCAGAUGCCCCUCCUGGGCCUAGGAACAUACAGGCUGCAAGGUGAGCAAAUGCACCUGAGUGUUGACGCUGCACUCGGGGAAGGGUAUCGUGCCUUUGACACUGCUGCGGUGUACGGCAAUGAAGCAGACUUGGGCCAUGCCCUGUUGGACCUGAUGCCCAAACACAACCUGACCAGAGCAGACAUCUUUCUCAUCAGUAAGCUGUCCCCAGCGGACAUGGGCUCGAAGGCCAGAGAGGGCUGUGUUCGUAGCCUGGAGAGGCUGGGGCUAGGGGGAUACAUUGACUUGUACCUUAUCCACUGGCCUGGAACUGAGGGUCUGGAACCAGAAGAUGAGAGGAAUGCACAGCAUCGAGCCCACAGCUGGACUGUCAUGGAGGAGCUCUAUGCCAAUGGGAUGCUCAGAGCAAUUGGGGUCUCAAACUACUCUCCAAGGCACCUGAUAGAGCUGCUGGAGACCUGCAGGGUGCGCCCUGCCGUGCUGCAGGUGGAGUUCCAUCCUAGACUGACACAGAAGAAGCUGAGGGUCAUUUGCAGGGACUCGGGAGUCUGCUUCCAGGCAUAUUCAUCUCUGGGGAAAGGUGUCCUGUUGUUGGAACCAGAAGUUGUUGCUAUGGCAGAGGGGCAUGGCAGAACUCCCUCCCAGGUGCUCUUGAGGUGGGCCAUUCAGCAGGGUGUGGCUGUGUUACCCAGGUCCGCACGGCCCAAGAGGGUGAGAGAAAAUGGGCAGGUGUUUGACUUUGACCUGGAUGAAGGGGGAAUGGAGAGACUGUCUGACAUGGACAGUGGAACAAGAUUCUGCAAAAGAGAUCCCACUAGUGUGGUCUAGAGGAGAGAGCCCCACAACAAUAUACUUGAUCAGUCAUAGAACAAUGUGUUAAAUGUAAUUCUGAACUACAAACAAACCUAUAAUGAAAUGUAAUGUUUAAUUGACCAUAUUUAUGUUUAAGUCAUAGUUCCUUGAUUCUUGAACAAAUGUUAGGCCAAUCGGUUAGUUUAAAUAAAGACCUAUCCUUAAUGCAUGUUAAUAUUAAUUUCUUCAACAAACAUGCAUAAAACAAUAGUCACAUUUUAAUAAGCAAUGUUCAAACAUUUAAUCUGUUACGUAACAUAACAAAUAUUUACAAAUAGUUAUACAGUUGUUUUUUUAUGAAAAAGAUAAAUAUAAAAAUGUUAAGCCACACACAAAUUUUCAAGUAGAAUAUCAGUGUUAACUGAUGGCAGUGGACGACUCCUACUAUUGUUUAUACAUCAGAUUGCCAUAUACACACAUAUUUCUUCAACUGAAUGCUUAACAGUAUUCCGAAUAUUUGCAUAUAAGGCAGUUGAGAAGGCUGCAUAUGGCCUGGAUUGUAAAUAUUUACAUAUCGGUAUACACACUAUACAAUUGAAAAAAUAUACGGAAUCAAUUAAAGACUAUUGCAAAUUAAAGAAGAUAAUGAAA